GCGCCGCUUCCUGCCGCCCGCCCGCCCCGAUCGGCCGCAGGUAGGAGCCGGCGGAGCCCGCUCCGCUCCGCGCAGCGCCGAGCACCAUGACGGAGAUGUCCAGCUUCCUGCACGUCGGGGACAUCGUGUCCCUGUACGCCGAGGGCUCCGUCAACGGUUUCAUCAGCACCCUGGGGUUGGUCGAUGACCGCUGCGUGGUGGAGCCAGCAGCCGGCGACCUGGAUAAUCCGCCCAAGAAGUUCCGAGACUGCCUUUUCAAAGUAUGUCCCAUGAACCGCUACUCUGCCCAGAAGCAGUACUGGAAAGCCAAGCAGACCAAGCAGGACAAGGAUAAGAUCGCCGAUGUCGUGCUGCUUCAGAAACUCCAGCAUGCGGCUCAGAUGGAGCAGAAGCAGAAUGAUACGGAGAACAAGAAGGUGCACGGUGACGUGGUCAAGUAUGGCAGCGUCAUACAGCUUCUCCACAUGAAGAGCAACAAGUACCUGACAGUGAACAAGCGGCUCCCUGCCCUGCUGGAGAAGAACGCCAUGAGGGUGACACUGGAUGCUACGGGCAAUGAGGGCUCCUGGCUCUUCAUCCAGCCAUUCUGGAAACUGAGGAGCAACGGAGAUAAUGUAGUUGUGGGAGACAAAGUGAUCCUGAACCCCGUGAAUGCCGGGCAGCCGCUGCACGCCAGCAACUAUGAACUCGCCGACAACGCUGGCUGCAAAGAGGUGAACUCGGUGAACUGUAACACCAGCUGGAAAAUCAACCUGUUCAUGCAGUUCCGGGACCACAUGGAGGAAGUGCUGAAAGGGGGGGACGUGGUGAGGCUGUUUCACGCGGAGCAGGAGAAGUUCCUCACCUGUGACGAGUACAAGAGCAAGCUGCACGUCUUCCUCCGAACCACCCUGCGGCAGUCGGCCACCUCCGCCACCAGCUCCAACGCCCUGUGGGAAGUGGAGGUGGUCCAUCACGACCCUUGCCGAGGUGGAGCCGGGCACUGGAACGGCCUGUAUCGUUUCAAGCAUCUCGCCACUGGGAACUACCUGGCAGCAGAGGAAAACCCAAGUUACAAAGGAGAUGCAAGCGAGCCCAAGUCGGCAUCCACGGGCGGGACCAGUCGCUCCAGCCGGAGGAACACAGGCGAGAAGAUCAAAUACCGGCUGGUGGCUGUACCCCACGGGAACGACAUUGCCUCCCUCUUUGAGCUGGACCCCACCACGCUGCAGAAGACGGACUCCUUUGUCCCUCGGAACUCCUACGUUAGGCUGCGCCACCUCUGCACCAACACCUGGAUCCAGAGCACCAACGUGCCCAUUGACGUGGAUGAGGAGAGGCCCAUCCGUCUCAUGCUUGGGACCUGCCCCACCAAGGAGGACAAAGAAGCUUUUGCCAUCGUGUCUGUGCCGGUGUCAGAAAUCCGAGACCUGGACUUUGCCAACGAUGCUAGCUCCAUGCUGGCCAAUGUGGUGGAGAAGAUGAACGAGGGCUUCCUCAGCCAGAACGAGCGGCGGUUUGUGAUCCAGCUCCUGGAGGACCUGGUGUUUUUCGUCAGCGAUGUGCCCAACAAUGGGCAGAACGUCCUGGACAUCCUCGUGACCAAACCCAACCGGGAGAGACAGAAGCUCAUGAGGGAGCAGAACAUCCUGAAACAGAUCUUUGGGAUCCUGAAGGCUCCGUUCAAGGACAAGGGUGGGGAAGGCCCGCUGGUGAGGCUGGAGGAGCUGUCGGACCAGAAGAAUGCCCCCUACCAGUACAUGUUCCGCCUGUGCUACCGCGUGCUGCGGCACUCCCAGGACGACUAUCGCAAGAACCAGGAGCACAUCGCCAAGCAGUUUGGCAUGAUGCAGUCCCAGAUUGGCUACGACAUCCUGGCAGAGGACACCAUCACUGCCUUGCUGCACAACAACCGCAAGCUGUUGGAGAAGCACAUCACCAAGACCGAGGUGGAGACCUUUGUCAGCCUGGUGCGGAAGAACCGGGAGCCCAGGUUUUUAGAUUACCUCUCGGACCUGUGCGUGUCCAACCACAUUGCCAUCCCCGUCACCCAGGAGCUGAUCUGCAAGUGUGUGCUGGACCCCAAGAACAGCGACAUCCUCAUCAAGACCGAGUUAAGGCCGGUGAAGGAGAUGUCUCAGACGCAUGAGUACCUGAGCAUUGAGUACUCGGAGGAGGAGGUCUGGCUGACCUGGACAGACAAAAACAAUGACCAUCAUGAGAAAAGCAUCCGGCAACUGGCACAGGAAGCGCGGGCGGGCAAUGCCCACGAUGAGAAUGUCCUGAGUUACUACAGGUACCAGCUGAAGCUGUUUGCCCGCAUGUGCCUGGACCGCCAGUACCUGGCCAUCAAGGAGAUCUCCCAGCAGCUGGGCGUAGACCUGAUCUUCCUUUGCAUGGCGGAUGAAAUGCUGCCCUUUGACCUCCGGGCUUCCUUCUGCCACCUCAUGCUGCACGUCCAUGUGGACAGGGAUCCCCAGGAGCUGGUGAUGCCCGUGAAGUUUGCACGGCUGUGGACCGAGAUCCCCACUGCCAUCACCAUCAAAGACUAUGACUCCAACCUGAACGCCACCCGGGAUGACAAGAAGAACAAGUUUGCCAACACCAUGGAGUUCGUGGAGGAUUAUCUCAACAACGUGGUGAGCGAGGCAGUGCCCUUCGCCAACGAGGAGAAGAACAAGCUCACCUUUGAGGUCGUCAGUCUUGCCCACAACCUCAUCUACUUUGGCUUCUACAGCUUCAGCGAGCUGCUGCGCCUGACGCGGACUCUGCUGGGCAUCAUAGACUGCGUCCAGAACCCACAGCUGAUGGUGCAGGCCAUGUACAGCGAUGACAUGACAGGAAAGAACGUGCGGAGAUCCAUCCAGGGUGUUGGCCAGAUGAUGUCCACCAUGGUGCUGAGCAGGAAGCAGUCCAUCUUCAGCCCACCGAGCCUCAGUGCUGGGGCAGCCCCUGAGCAGGUGGACAGAGGGAGGACCAUAGAGAAUGAAAACAUCGUGGUGAUGGAAACCAAGCUGAAGAUCUUGGAGAUCUUGCAGUUCAUCCUGAACGUGCGGUUAGACUACAGGAUCUCUUACCUGCUCUCCGUCUUCAAGAAGGAGUUUGUAGAAGUGUACCCCAUGCAGGACAGUGCCGCCGAUGGGACAGCUCCGGCUUUUGACUCCACAAGUGCAGCAAUGAACCUGGACCGGAUAGGCGAGCAUGCAGAGGCCAUGUUUGGUGUGGGAAAGUCAAGCAGCAUGUUGGAGGUGGACGAUGAAGGCGGAAGGAUGUUUCUGCGUGUGCUGAUCCACCUGACUAUGCACGACUACCCACCCCUCAUCUCUGGCUCCCUCCAGCUCCUCUUCAAACACUUCAGCCAAAGGCAGGAGGUCCUGCACACCUUCAAGCAGGUCCAGCUCCUGAUCUCGGCACAGGAUGUCGAGAACUACAAGGUGAUCAAGUCAGAGCUGGACAAGCUACGCACCAUGGUGGAGAAAUCGGAGCUCUGGGUGGACAAGAAAGGCAGCUCCAAGGGGGAUGAGUCAGGGGAAGGGAACAAGAAGGAGAAGAAAGAGCACACAGCCGACGAGGAGGUCAGCGUCCCGGGGGAGAAGAGCAGUGAGAACUACCAGAUAGUCAAAGGGAUCCUGGAGCGGCUGAACAAAAUGUGCGGGGUUGGGGAGCAGAUACGCAAGAAGCAGCAGCGCCUGCUGAAGAACAUGGACGCCCACAAAGUGAUGCUGGACCUGCUGCAGAUCCCCUAUGAGAAGGGCGAUGUGAAGAUGAUGGAGAUUUUGAGAUACACCCACCAGUUUCUCCAGAAGUUCUGCGCUGGGAACCAGGAGAACCAGGCCCUUCUGCACAAGCAUCUCAACCUCUUCCUCACCCCUGGGCUGCUGGAGGCCGAGACGAUGCAGCACAUCUUCCUGAACAACUACCAGCUGUGCUCAGAGAUCAAUGAGACGGUGCUGCAGCACUUCAUCCACUGCCUGGCCACCCACGGCCGCCACGUGCAGUACCUCGACUUCCUGCACACCAUCAUCAAGGCUGAGGGCAAGUACGUCAAGAAGUGCCAGGACAUGAUCAUGACGGAGCUGACCAAUGCCGGGGACGACGUGGUGGUUUUCUACAAUGACAAGGCAUCCCUGGUCACCCUGCUGGAGAUGAUGACGGCAGCUCGGGACGGGGUGGAGGAGAAUAGCCCCCUCAUGUAUCACAUCUCCCUGGUGGAUCUGCUGGCCGCCUGUGCUGAGGGCAAGAACGUCUACACGGAGAUCAAGUGCACGUCCCUGCUGCCGCUGGAGGAUGUGGUGCGGGUGGUGACACAUGAGGACUGCAUCACCGAGGUGAAGAUUGCAUACGUGAACUUUGUCAACCACUGCUACGUGGACACAGAAGUGGAGAUGAAGGAGAUAUACACCAGCAACCACAUCUGGACUCUCUUUGAGAACUUCACCCUCGACAUGGCCAGGGUGUGCAAGAAGCGAGAGAAGCGUGUUUCAGACCCCCCGCUGGAGAAGUACGUGCUCACCGUGGUGCUGGACACCAUCAACGCUUUCUUCAGCUCUCCUUUCUCGGAGAACAGCACCUCACUGCAGACCCAUCAAACCAUCGUUGUGCAGUUGCUCCAGUCCACCCUGCGGCUGCUGGAGUGCCCCUGGCUGCAGCAGCAGCACAAGAGCUCGGUGGAGGCCUGUAUCCGCACCCUGGCUAUGGUCGCCAAGAGCCGCUCCAUCAUCCUGCCCAUGGACCUGGACGCCCACGUCAGCUUCCUGCUGAACAGCAGCUCCUCCAGCGCCUUGCAGAGGAACGCGGCCAGCUACAAGGCGGCCACGCGCACCUUCCCCCGGGUGGCCACCACGGCCAACCAGUGGGACUACAAAAACAUCAUCGAGAAGCUGCAGGACAUCAUCAAUGCCCUGGAGGACCGCUUGAAGCCCCUGGUGGAAGCCGAGCUGUCCGUCCUGGUGGAUGUCCUGCACCGGCCGGAGCUACUCUUCAUGGAAGGGACUGAAGCCUACCAGCGAUGCGAGAGCGGGGGCUUCCUGUCCAAGCUGAUCCAGCACACCCAGGACCUCAUGGAGACGGAGGAGAAGCUGUGCAUCAAGGUGCUGAGGACGCUGCAGCAGAUGCUGAUGAAAAGGAACAAAUAUGGGGAAAGGGGCAACAUGCUGAGGAAAACGCUCAUGAGCAACUACUUGCAGCACAAGAAGUCCAGCUCCAAAGGGGAGGUGGUCGACGCAGCUGUGGCUGGCCAGGACCAGGACUGGUCAGCCAUUGCAGCCGUGCAGUGCCGGCUGGAUAGAGAAGGGGCCACCAAGCUGGUGUCAGACCUCAUCAUGAACACGAAAAAUGAGAAGAUCUUCCAGGAGAGCAUCCUCCUGGCCAUCCGCCUGCUGGAUGGGGGCAACACAGAGAUCCAGAAAUCGUUUCACAACCUGAUGACAAGUGACAAGAAGUCAGAGAAGUUCUUUAAAGUUUUGCACGACCGCAUGAAGAAGGCACAGCAGGAGACCAAGUCCACAGUGUCAGUGAACAUGAGUGACAUCGGGAACAAGCCACGUGAGGACAAAGAUGCUCCUGACCCUGGCAGCAAGGGCCGAGCAGACGCCUAUGUGAUGCCCAGCACCCCGUCCCGCUACCCGUUGGCUGUUGGCUUUCGGAAGGGCCACGAUGCGGGGGAGCAGAGCCAGAACAACGAGAUGGGGGUGACAGUGUUGAUCAUGGAGCCUAUCCUUCGCUUCCUGCAGCUGCUCUGUGAGAACCACAACCGGGACCUGCAGAACUACCUGCGAUGCCAGAACAAUAAGACCAACUACAACCUGGUGUGCGAGACGCUGCAGUUCCUGGACAUCAUGUGCGGCAGCACCACGGGGGGGCUGGGCCUGCUGGGCCUCUACAUCAACGAGUGCAACGUGGCCCUGAUCACCCAGACCCUGGAGACCCUGACGGAGUAUUGCCAGGGCCCUUGCCAUGAGAACCAGAGCUGCAUCGUGACCCACGAGUCCAACGGCAUCGACAUCAUCACAGCCCUGAUCCUCAAUGACAUCAGCCCCCUCUGCAAGUACCGCAUGGACCUGGUCCUCCAGCUGAAGGACAAUGCCUCCAAGCUCCUGCUGGCACUGAUGGAGAGCAGGCAUGACAGCGAGAAUGCCGAGAGGAUCCUCAUCAGCCUCCGGCCUCAGGAGCUGGUGGACGUCAUUAAGAAAGCCUACGUGCAGGAGGAAGAGUGUGAGAACUCGGAGGUGUCGCCCCGUGAGGUUGGGCACAACAUCUACAUCCUGGCCUUGCAGCUCUCCCGGCACAACAAACAACUCCAGCACCUCCUGAAGCCGGUGAAGCGAAUCCAGGAGGAGGAAGAGGAGGGGAUCUCAUCCAUGCUCAGUCUGAACAAUAAGCAGCUCUCGCAGAUGCUGAAGUCAUCCCCGCCAGUCCAGGAAGAGGAGGAGGAUCCACUGGCGUAUUACGAGAGGCACACAUCCCAGAUCGAGAUUGUGCGUCUGGAUCGGAGCAUGGAGCAGAUCAUCUUUCCAGUGCCUGGCAUCUGUGAAUUCCUCACCAAGGAAACCAAGUACCGGUUGUUCACCACCACAGAGCAGGAUGAUCAGGGCAGCAAAGUCAGCGACUUCUUUGACCAGUCGGCCUUCCUGCACAACGAGAUGGAGUGGCAGAAGAAACUGCGCAGCAUGCCGCUGAUGUACUGGUUCUCCCGCAGAAUGACUCUCUGGGGAAGCAUUUCCUUCAACCUGGCUGUCUUCAUCAACAUCAUCAUUGCUUUCUUCUACCCCUACAUUGAAGCCACCUCUAUGGGAGUGCUGGAUUCCCCACUGAUCUCCCUGCUCUUCUGGAUUCUGAUCUGCUUCUCCAUCAUGGCCCUGUUUACCCGGCGCUAUGGCGUCAGACCUCUCCUUGUGGCACUGAUCCUGCGAUCAAUAUAUUACCUGGGGAUUGGAUUUACUCUGAACAUAUUGGGAGCUCUCAAUCUGACAAACAAGAUUGUGUUUGUGGUGAGCUUCGUGGGCAACCGUGGGACCUUCAUCCGGGGAUACAAGGCCAUGAUCAUGGACAUGGAGUUCCUCUACCACGUUGGCUACAUCCUGACCAGCGUCCUGGGGCUCUUUGCGCAUGAGCUCUUCUACAGCAUCUUGCUGUUUGACUUGAUCUACCGGGAGGAGACCUUGUUCAAUGUCAUCAAAAGCGUGACGCGGAACGGGCGCUCCAUCCUCCUGACAGCCCUUCUGGCCCUCAUCCUCGUUUACCUCUUCUCCAUCGUGGGCUUCCUCUUCCUGAAAGAUGACUUCAUCAUGGAGGUGGACCGCCUGCCUGACAACAAGUCCAAAGCUAGCUCCUUGGGGAUGCAAGGGCACAUGGAGACUUUUAUGGAGUCAUGCAGUGGUGACAAAAUUAACUGCUCUCCUGGGACUACGCUGCCCAAGGUGAUAGAAGAAGAGGAUGAGGACAACUUUGAGCGUGCCUGUGACACGUUGCUCAUGUGCAUUGUCACUGUCCUGAACCAUGGCCUGAGGAACGGUGGGGGCGUGGGGGACAUUCUCAGGAAGCCAUCCAAGGAUGAGUCCUUGUUUCCCGCUCGGGUUAUCUACGACCUCCUGUUCUUCUUCAUUGUCAUUAUCAUCGUCCUCAACCUCAUCUUUGGGGUCAUCAUAGACACCUUUGCUGAUCUGAGGAGUGAGAAGCAGAAGAAGGAAGAGAUCCUUAAGACCACGUGUUUCAUAUGCGGUCUUGAAAGGGAUAAGUUUGACAACAAGACUGUGUCCUUUGAGGAGCAUAUUAAAUAUGAGCACAACAUGUGGAACUACUUGUACUUCAUAGUGUUGGUGCGAGUGAAGAACAAGACCGAUUACACGGGGCCAGAGAGUUACGUGGCACAGAUGAUAAAGAACAAGAACUUGGACUGGUUCCCCCGGAUGAGAGCCAUGUCACUGGUCAGCAACGAAGGAGAAGGCGAACAGAACGAGAUCCGGAACCUCCAAGAAAAGCUCACCUCCACCAUGAAGCUGGUGUCCUACCUCACUUCACAGCUGAAUGAGCUGAAGGAACAGAUGACAGAGCAAAGGAAGCGCAGACAACGAAUGGGUUUCGUGGAUGCCCAGAACAACAUGAAUCACUGAGGCACAGUGAAAGCUUCAGCUUCCCUAACCAAAAGACUAAAGACAUGUAUCAGCUAGCCAGGAAGUUGGUAACUGGAUUCCAUCCACAGACAUCAUCUCCGAAACAAGCUGGACCAAAGCCCAGACAGUUACUGCCGAAAGACUUUAAAGCCGACGUUUUCCUUCUCCAUAGAUUACUGCACACAUUUUCAACCACAGCCGGGAACCAGUGACUUAACAGGCUUCUUUAUCCCUGGACCCACAGGAAGAUGGUAGGAAGAUAAAUUAUGCCGGACUUCUGGCUCCUCAACGCAAUAACUUUUUAUUUUGUUAUGUGAAUUGUAUCUUUAUCUCCGUGCACUACAUUUUGGUGGCUACCUGUCUCAGCUGAGGAGACCAUUAAUAUUGUUACUAGUAAUAGGGUUGCGAUAUUUAACUUAUUCCAAGAAUGUCAGUAGUAAAUACAGACCUCUGCAAGCCAGACACUGGUCGCUGUAUGACAAGACCUUGAUUUCCCUUCAUUUUAAAGAGUGCUGUCUACCACCAGGGUGCAGUGAAGACAAGCUGAAAUCAAGGGAAUGCUUCAAUAACCUAACUCCUCAGAUGAGUAACAGCAAAGCUGUUAGCACAAACUGGUCUUCUGUCUUUCAUGUUUGAGGACAGAUUUUAUCUGGGCACUAGGAAACCACGGGUUUACAGGAGUUCACUGUGAAAGGGGUGUCCUGUGGUUUAUCUUCAUCUCUGGUGUGAUGUUUUACAAAAGGUUGGUUGGUUUUUUUCCCCCCUUUUUUGUUACUUAACUAAUAUGUAAAUUGCCUUAAUUAAAUUAACACAAUCAAGUUAUAAUAAAAACUGAGAUGAGAUAAAGGA